ACUAUCGGUAAGCAUACUCAUGUCAUCUGAACUGUUCAUGCAGUCACGCUUAGGAGAUCUUGAUCUUGACCUCUGAAGUCCUCCACCGAUGGCGAUUCCCCAAAAGGAAGGAAUAGAGGCAACCACAAUGAAUGAAGGACGAUCGCGUCAUUACGCCCCAGGCACGAACGGGCUUGGGAUAUGGGGGCCGAACUAACCGGGACUACCUAUGCGCAAGAUAUGCUCCAAACUCAACCGCAACCAUCCAUCUCAAAAGUCCUUCAAGUUGGCAUUACCGCACGCGAAUCUACCUUUUACGAACAAACCCCAAAAUGAUUUCGGGACCUAAAAUCUUGUUGGGAGCGCUUCAUCCGUUGAGCAUGUCAUCUGAGAAUCUCGAGUGGGAUGGCGAAUCCGGUUCUCGCCUACGGAGAUGAGAUAUUUUCAUAGCGUGACGUCACGAGCAAAAAAGUCACCACAUAAUGACAGAAGAUUUGACACAAAA